AUGGCUUCAGGUACCUACCCCGCUGCAAAGCCAGACUGGAACAAUCUCGACAUCCUCCACGAGAAUACCUUAGCACCCCGCGCAUACUUCCAUAACUACACAUCGGAAGCGGAUGCCUUGACAUACGAUGUAACCAAAUCGAAGAUUCAUAACCUGUCCGGAACAUGGAAGUUUGAGCAUGCAUACUCGCCCUUUGAGGCUCCCGAAGGCUUUGAAGCGCCAUCCUUUGACACUUCGAAAUGGAGCGAUAUUGCCGUACCAGGCAUGUGGCAGUUGCAAGGAUUUGGUAAAGGACCCCAAUAUACGAAUGUCCAGUACCAAAUCCCAGUGGACCCGCCCAAUGUCUCAUUCACUGAGAACGAGACUGGUUCAUACGUGAAGAAGUUCAAGAUCCCACAAGAGUUGCAGUCAGGCCAGAUUCGCUUGCGAUUCGAAGGUGUCGACGCAGCGUUCCAUGUCUGGGUGAAUGGUAAAGAGGUGGGUUACUCUCAGGGGUCCAGGAACCCAGACGAAUUCGACAUCACUAGUCUGGUUGAUCUCAAUGGUGAGAACGUACUCGCUGUAAGGGUCUACCAGCUGUGUGAUGGUACAUACAUUGAAGACCAGGAUCAAUGGUGGCUCAGCGGAAUCUUCCGAGACGUGCUCUUGAUUGGCUUCCCAAAGGAGAGCCGCAUUGACAAUGUCUUUGCCCAGACACUGCUCGACAGCUCCUACACAGAUGCUGAUCUCAAGGUUAAAGUCAGUGCCAUCGGAUCCGGCAAGGUCACCGUCAAAGUUCUAGAUGCACAAAAGAAGAUUGUUGCAACUGCUGAUGCAGAGGUCAACAACGGCGGUUCAACCGACUUUAGCAUCCCAGUCAAGAACCCCUUGAAGUGGACUGCAGAAUCACCCAAUCUCUACCAUCUUGUUGUAUCACUUGGCUCUGAGCAGUUCGUCACUCAGCGUAUCGGCUUCCGCCAGGUCGAGAUGAAAGAUGGUCUGAUCAAAGUCAACGGAAAGAGAAUCGUCUUCCGCGGCGUCAACCGUCACGAACAUCACCCCAAGCAUGGCCGGACCGUUCCACUUGAGUUCUUGAAGCAGGACCUUCUGACCAUGAAGCGCCACAACAUCAAUGCUAUCCGCACAUCUCACCAGCUCAAUGAUCCUCGACUCUACGAUCUGGCCGACGAGAUGGGUUUCUGGGUCAUGGACGAGGCGGACUUGGAAUGUCACGGCUUCGAGACUAUUGCUGAUCUGGCGCUUACGCCUGCUGAGCAAAAGUUGCCCUUCCGCGAACGCCAGCUCCUGACAAGAGAAAAGGCGGCAGAGUGGACUACCGACAACCCCGACUGGACCAAGGCUUAUGUAGACCGCGCCGAGCAUCUGGUCAAGCGUGAUCAGCUCCAUCCUUCCAUUAUAUCGUGGAGCUUGGGUAAUGAAGCCUUCUAUGGACGGAACUUCAAGGCGAUGUACGAUCAUAUCAAAGCGUACGACAACAGCAGACCCAUACACUAUGAAGCAGACAUCUACGCCGAGACCAUGGACAUGUACUCCAGGAUGUAUCCACCAAUCAAUGAGAUCAUUGAGUUUGGAAAAGACAAGACCAAGACUAAGCCUCUCGUGCUUUGCGAGUUUGUUCACGCCAUGGGUAACGGCCCAGGAAACAUCAAAGAGUAUGUCGAUGCUUUCUACGAGUACCCUACUCUACAGGGUGGUUUCGCCUGGGAAUGGGCGAACCACGGCCUUGUAACCAAGGAUAAGCAGACAGGCGAGGAAUUUAUGGCAUAUGGCGGUGACUUCGGCGAGGAGGUUCAUGACUCCACUUUCGUUAUGGACGGUCUUGUCAACUCAGACCACACUCCCAAUGCUGGAUUGGUGGAGUACAAGAAGGCUAUUGAGCCCGUGCAGCUUCUGGAAUCUAGCAAGACAAAGGCAAAGUUUAUCAACAGAUAUGACAUCAUCACUCUGGAUCACCUGGUCUGCCAGUACACGGUUGCGUCUGAGGCUGGUGGCGAGGGUAAGUCUGGUGUGCUUGAUAUCCCGUCUGGUAUCGCACCAGGACAGACUUUCGAAGUUGAACUUCCCCAGAUCUCCGACUUGGUCGGAGAAGCGCUUCUCAGCAUUACGUUCGGCCUGAAAGAGGCUACCCCAUACCUGGAGAAGGGAUUCGAAGUUGGCACGGCUCAGAUCCCCAUUACUGCGACCGCACCCGUACAGCUUCCUGCAAAAUCAGAUGGAAAGCUUGAGGUCGCUACGAGCCGGAAUUUGUUGGAGAUUACAAGCCAAAAGUCGACCUGGAAAUUCAACACUCUCCACGGCACCCUCACGUCCUGGCGUCAAGCCUCCACCGAGCUCAUCACCAAGGCGCCAGAAUUCGACAUCUUCCGCGCAGAAACCGACAACGACGCCCCGCAAGACGGCUGGGAAUGGAAGGAGAAGUGCCUCCAUCUCGCCAAACCAUCGACCCGCAAGGUCGAGUGGUCGCAACCAGACGCCAACACCUUGAAGGUCGUCGUGAACCAGCGCCUCGCUCCACCGACACUAUCAUGGUCUAUCGACACCAUUCUGACAUACACAUUCCGCUCGAACGGCAGCGUUUCCAUCGCCGUCAAUGGCACACCCCGAGGCGCGAACCUGCCCCGCACACUCCCGCGCAUCGGCCUCGUCAUGUCGCUCCCCCAGCAAUUCCAACGCGUCGACUGGUUCGGCCGCGGCCCCGGCGAAUCCUAUCGUGACUCCAAGUUCUCCCAGCCCGUGGGCAAGUACACCGCCCAAACCAUUGACGAGCUCUGGGUCGACUACGAAGUCCCGCAGGAAAGCGCCAACCGCACAGACACGCGCUGGGUCUCCGUAUCCAACGGCAAGGACGCAUUGCUGCUUGCGCAGUUUGUCAAGGGUGAGGAGAGGAAGUUGUUUGAUUUCCAGUGGGAGUUGUGGACCGAGGACGCUGGAUGA